AUGACAUCAAAAGUAUUUCAUUGUAUUCCGGUGAACGUUGCUUGUUGGUUGCAAGAUAUUCGUUACACGGCCGAAGAUUAUUACGAUUACGGUAUCGAAUGGAAAUAUCAUUAUUAUCAUCGGGUUUGGAAAAACGAAGAAGAAAAUUCAUCGAACGAAUCGAUAUACGAUAACGUAGAUCGAAACGAUUUCAAAACAAAACGAGGCGAGGAAACAAACGAUGAAAAAGUUAUCGAAACAAAUAAAUCAUCAUCAUUAUCAUCGCCAUUAGCAGAAGAAAUUGUUUUCGACGAUGUGAUUUUCGCGAAAGAUUUUUUUUCGAAAUCCGAAUGUCCGACUUGGCCUAUGAGAAAAUUUUCAAAGAUGCAAGAUCGUCGUAGUUCUCUUAAAAACAUUCUCGAAUAUAUAUUAUUCAAAUUAAAAAUGAUAAAAACUAUAUUAAAUUUAAGUGACAUCAUUUAUGGAAAAGACUUUGGCGAAUUCGUUCGGGAGGAAAAAGAAAACGGAAAGACUGACGCGUUCAUGAGUAAUCUAUUAGCGAGUUAUCGAGAUAGACACAUACGAGAAAGCGUUUGGACUUGGUUAAACGACUUACCUGGUUUAUUAACGCCUCAUAAACCCGAUUUUAGCGGUUUUUUAAACGUUGGCAUAUCGGCGGAUAAACCUCCGGUACCACCGAAACGUAAAAAGCGUAAAACGACUCAAUGGAAUCGUUGCCGUUUUGUAACGCCGCGUAGAAGAAGACAUGCGAAAAAAUUAAAUUAUAAUAGUGUCAAAGGAAAAGAAAUCGCGGGAAAAAUCACAAAAACGAUAACAAACAACAACAACAACGCGGAUUCGAGUACAUGUUCGGAUCAUUUUUCAAAUGACAAAGUGGAAAGCGGUGAAAAAUCAAAUUUAUUAUUAUUACCAUACGAUGUAUUGAAAUUCGAAAUGAACAAUGAAGAUGUUGUCGAUGAUAAUGUCACUGCGAAACCACUUCCGUUUCCUUUGCCUACUCCAGAAUUGGAAUUUGAAAUAAAUGAAUUGUUGAUGAUGCAACGAGUAACGGAAUCAUCCAAAACUCGAAGACUACGACGACGUUGCAUGCCUUUAGAAUCGAAAGGACCUUUUUUGGAUAAAUCAAAUGACAUCGUCGAAUAUUGCGUUAAAGAUAUUCCAAACGCGUUACCUGCGCAACUCAGUAAGCGUUCAACAAAAGAAUCGUUUCUCGCCAACGAAAUGUCAAAUGUUAAUUUGAAAAAAAUAUUCGAUAAAUUGUCGAGGGAAAUGAUCGACGCGGAAAGUCAAAAAAAAGUCGAAACGUUUUUAAAAUCGAAAUUUUUAAAUAAAAAUGUUGAAUAUUUGUCGGAGCUUAAAACCGUUAAACUCAGAGAAGACGUCAUCAUAGAUUGGGAAAACGAUUAUGAAAAUUUAAACGAACCUGUCAUUUUGGAGGGAAAAUCCAUUUCUCCUAAAGGAGCAAACGAUAGAAGUGGUAAAUAUUGGAAAAAUGGCGUCGACGAUGACGAUGGUGAUAGAAGAAUUUCAUGGGAAAGUGCGACGGAAACUUGCGUUUCGCGAACCGAAAGUUUUUCUCAAUACGAAAAUGUAAAGCAAUCAUCGAACGAGUACAUGGAAAAAUAUUUACAAUCUCGCGAAGAAAGUGAAAGUUUGUGCGGUAAUAAUAAUAAUGAUAAUAAGUAUCAGGAAUGUGAAACUGUGCCAUCUAUUUCAUCUUCUAAAACGGUAGCCGAUACGAGUACGACGACGAAAACGCACAAAACUAGUCUUCAAGUUAUUUUAUCAGAUUCAAAUGAUAAAUUUACCGAAGAUUCUGGAAAAUUAAAGUCGGAAAGCGAAACGUUUGAUAAAAUUUCAAUAACGAGCGAUGAUAAUAAUAGUUUUUCGGAUUUUGAUAGCGAAUACAGCGAAUCGGGGGCUACACCUGCCUCCGGUGUCCUCCAUACCUCCUGGUGUAACGAAAAUGAUUCUCUGACAUCUCUCACGUGGGAAUUAUCAUCCCAAGAUGAGAAUGAUGAGCGUCGAGAAGACAAUGAAAUUCAUAAUGAUUAUCACGAUUACAGGCCAUUAAGUUAUUGUUCGACGGUCGAAAGUAAUUUUUCCGAUUCUGAUUCCACUUUAAAGUCGAGUUAUUCCGGUAAAAUUUUCCCGAACGAAACGCGUGUCGAGAAUAAAAAAGAAAAUGAAGAAGUUAAAUUUCACGACAAAUCAAGAGUGAAUGAUAAAAUCUUCCGAUCGAAAUCUUUAGACUUUUUUCGUGAUUCUUUAACCGAAAGCAGAUGUCGUGGAAGAAGAAGAUUCGAUAGACUACGUGAUAGAAAUAGCGUUAGAAGUGACGUGUGCGAUUGGAUGGCGAAAAUUCGUGGUAUUGUUCUUUCGGAGGAUGACGAGUGGAUAUUAUCUUUCGAUUCGGAAGAAAGAGCAUACUUUUUCGAAGAAACAUCAAAAAAAUCUCUGUGGGCAUUACCGGAUUAUUCUAUUAGUGAAAAUUCAAAACCGGAAUUUAAUUAUUCGAUUCAAAGGUCCGCGACAGAAAGUGCUAUUAUACCUCACGAAAACGAGACGAAAUUAAGACAGAGCAAAGAUGGCGAUAAAAACAAUCGAAUAUCAGCAUCUGUCCGAUCGUCAAAAGCUCAAUCCAUGCUUAUUGAACCCAAGUUUGACAUACCCGCCAAUAAUGGAAACAAAGCAUUUUCCAUGCCUAGAGAUCUCACGAAAAUUUACGGGGAAAUUAUUUACUUUGGAGUUUUAAAUAAGACGAAAAUAUCGGAAAAUGGUAAAAAGCUGCGGAAAAAUUGGACUCCAGCAUUUGCCGUAUUAACAGAAUCCUAUUUGUUUUUCUUCAAAGAUGCUAAAUCCUUUCAAAAUAUGAAAAAUGUCGUCGGCGUAAGCAACAAUCACAUGUGCCUUAAUUUACAAGGAGCCUUAAUCGAAAAGGGUGAUAAAAUAUCGAGUAGGAAAAAUGUUUAUAAGAUAAGUUGUUCGGACAAUACGGACGUUUUGAUACAAACGGAAAAAACGGCGGAAGCAGACGAAUGGUUCAAAGAAAUAUCUUUGGUCAUACAGAAUUUACCACCGGAAUUAAAUCCGCCACCACCGCCGUCGAGCAGUUCGCCAUUGUUCGAUUUAAGUUCUCCGUCCAAAGUCGUCGGUCGAACGAAAUCAUUAAAAGUGAGAACGAAGGAUAACACGGGUAGCAUGGAGGAUCUUAGUUCUACGUCGGAAGAUCGUCAAAAUAAAAUAAAAGCAAAAUUGAAAAAGUUUUUCAUUAGGAGACCCACCGUUGAUUCCCUCAAGAAAAAAGGAAUAUGGAAGGACGAGCCCGUGUUCGGUUGUUCGUUGGAACAAAUAACAAAGAAUAGAAAUCCACGUGUUCCCGUGUUUGUCGAAAAAUGCAUCGAAUGCAUCGAAAGCAAAGAAGAAAAUAUGAAGACUGAUGGUUUGUACAGGGCUUCGGGAAAUUUGUCGCAAGUACAAAAAAUAAGACUGGAGGUGGAUCAAAAUAAUCUCAACAUAAUGAAAGACGAAGAAGACGUACACGUUUUAACGGGAUCAUUGAAAUUAUUUUUCCGGGAAUUGAAAGAGCCGCUCAUACCUUCCAAACAAUUGGAACCGGCUCUUUUGGCGACGGAUAAGCAAGGGAGAAAAGAGAGAAUCAAAGAUUUUCAGAAAAUAGUCAAAAGUUUACCGACGCCCAAUUACGACACUUUAAAAUUUUUACUACAACAUUUGCUUAGGGUCAAAGAAUAUCACAAAUUCAACAGGAUGAACAUAAAUAAUUUGGCGAUAGUUUUCGGACCGACUUUGAUGUGGCCCGAACAAGAAUCGGCAAACAUGGCGUUGGAACUAAUGCAACAAAACGUCGUCAUCGAAUGCCUUUUAAAAGAAUAUCAAGAAAUAUUCACGUAG